AUGACGUCCAACACUACUUCGGGCGCGAACACGCCGCGAUUCGUCUCACAGAACGCCACCGCCGAGGACCUGCUCAAGACACAGACUAUAGGGCUUGUAAACCUCUCGGAUUUCCGGAAGCGGCGUGCAGAUGUGCACGAGCUCAACGAGCGGGAGGCUCAGGACAGCAAUCGGAGCGGAAGUCAGACACCGGCAGGCGAAGAUGAUGGACGUGCCUUGACUCCAAACUCCGAUACACAACCCGCGAAGAAGAAGAAAAAGGCGAAAAAGAUCCUCAGCUAUGACGAUGAAGAGGAGACCACGGAAUCAAUACCGAAGGCUCAGAAGUCUAGGACAGUGUCUAGCCUCACAGAUGACGAGCCUGCAACAUCGAUCCGUAAGGUGAAGCCCAACCCGAACUCGCGGGUGCCGGCUGUGAAGGCAGUGACAAAGGCAGCUCAGCUUGCAGAAGCCGAGGAGCGGGAGAGGUUGCGAAGGAAUUUCCUUGAGACACAAGAGAAGGUCAAAGCAACAGAGAUAGCCGUACCAUUUGUCUUCUACGAUGGCGCGAACAUCCCCGGAGACAUCGUCAAAGUCAAGAAGGGCGACCAUAUCUGGCUCCUGCUGGAGAAGGCAAGAAAGGUCGCGGCUGAGAAGGGAGUACAGGGAAGCGGCAACGCGGCAGGCGGACUGAGCUCAAAGAAUCGCGACUCAAGCAAGAAGGAGUGGGCGAGAAUUGGUGUAGAUGAUUUGAUGCUGGUGAAAGGGGAGAUCAUCAUACCUCAUCAUUACGAGAUCUACUACUUUAUCGUAAACCAGACUGGAGAUCCGACACGGUCAGGCAAGCUCUUGUUCAACUACACAGGCACAGCACCGGAAGCAAAGGAGACACCGCUCUUGCGUGUGCCUGGCAAGGAGAAGCUCGAGGGGCAUGACGACGAUCCGUCGCUCACCAAAGUUGUAGAUCGGAGGUGGUAUCAGAAGAACAAGCACAUAUUCCCAGCGUCGACGUGGAAGGAGUUCAAGGCGGGCAAGGAGUUUGAGGAGGAGGCUAAGCAGCGGAGGGAUGCAGAGGGGAAUGCAUUUUUCUUUGCAUAG